GAUCAACACGAAUUCAAUGGAGGAGAUAUUUCUAGGUCAUCCGAAAUUAAAGAAAUCUUUACCAUUAUUACUACAAUCAUUGUCAGCAACAAGUUUACCAUUUCCAAUAUUAGUGAAAGAAGAUUUCAUUGAAUUCAGUUCUGAUCAUGGUGAUGAUGAUAACGACAAUCAUGACAAUUGUGAACAGUUUACAUUUCAAGCGAUUUUAUUAAAUGGUGCAAAGACAUUAAUUACUGAUAUGCAACAAAUUCAGAUACUUCGAAAAAGAGGUUGUUACGGUUUCCGUCAGAAUGAUGAAUUUACUCUCCACAAUAAAACCAACUUUAUACCUAAAGAAUACUACAAUACCGAUGAUGAUGAUGAUGACAAUACAUCAGAUGCAGAGAAUUCAAUUGAUAACUUUCCUAUUUCUAAAAAUAUUGGAAAAUUAAAUGAAAAUAAUUUUAACGAAAUAAACAAUACACAUUUAAUAUUGAAUGAUGUAGAAACAUUGUUUUUACUCCAUGGACUUGGUUGUUUAGACGUUUACUUGCCAACUAAUGAUAAUUCACCGUUGGAUUCAACUAAAACAUAUCAACAACUAGAACCAUUGUCUUUGACUAAGGUCUGGAUUUGUCUGUGUACAGGAUCAAUCGAUCUGCUUAGCUUACAAGUUCAAUCAGCACGAAAACAGAUUGAAAAGUAUUCAGAACGAGAACUUUAUCUAUUACGACGUUAUGCUGUGUAUAUAUAUUACAGAUCUAAAGGUUGGAUUGUACGCCCUGGAUUAUGUGUAGGUGGUGCAGACUACUUACUUUAUUCUGAAGAUCCUAAUUGGAGACAUGCUUCAUUUUGUGUUCUAGUUGACAAGGAUUCUACAGACAAAGAUGGAGAACAAAUGAAUUGUGCUACAGUAGCUGCACAUGUUCGUGUUGCGCACUCAGUUGGCAAGGUAAGUUUAUUUAAAUGUAUUUGGUUCAGCCAUCAAAUAUAGUCCAUAAGAUUCUCAAACCUUAGUUGCUUUUUGAUUUGGUGAUACCCAGAUAAGGUAAUUUUAUGUCUUUUGUGGUUCUUUUAUAAGUUACCUUAACACAUAAUUAUAACCAUUUGGAUAGGUGAAAAAAUGUCCAGUCAUAGGAGAGGAUUCAAUGAUAUUAUGCAACAUAAAUUCGAAUACGAUGGAAAGCACCAGCUCCUUCAUGAUGGCGGAUUUGCUUUACUGGCGAGUAAUAACUAUCACGAAAUAUACUUUGUACAAGACUUUCUGCCUAUUGACUGAAGUGAUCAUUGAAUGUUUCAACCAGUCGGAUAUUGUCAAUGUUAAGGCUUUGGAAAUUGUUGAAUUUCAUUAAAAUCACAAACCAUUCUAACUCAGAAAACCACUAAGAACUUGCGUGCGCUGGGGUUCAUCAUCAGUACUCAUCCAUGACUCAACGGGAAAUCUAACUCAGAGAUUUCAAUUGAACACUUUUGACUACCUAGUUAUGAUCCACUGGCUUUCACGUUCAAGCUCAACCAAUUUACAUUAUUACAUAACCAUAUUUCAACCCCAUUUUGCGCGUUAUUCUUUGUCGCGUAAGUGUCCCACCUAUUGAGGAAUUCUCGAAUAAUCCUUGGGAAGCUGUUCGGAAAACAACAAUUAAGGAAACUCUCAUUGAUUAUUGGAAACCGAAUACCAAAUACUAAGAACAGUGCCAAUCACCUUCAAUUUUUUCAAUGUACAUAGUGCCCUAAAUAUAUGAACAACGAAAUUGUAUUUCAAAACAUUUCUGAUGUAUACAUGUGUAAAAUUUACUAUCUCUCCAUAAAAACCUUUUCUACUCUUAUUUUGUUACUAUACCAUCAGAUUUUUAACAAUUCGCACACAUUAAGUCACAAAG